CAGAUAUCUCUUCAUUAGCCAGAUCAGACAUAUGUAAAGAGAGACAUCAGUAAAUCUGGAUCAUCAGGUUGUGCUUAAAGAAGACUAUAGGGGAAGAACAUAAUUUCUUCUUGCUGCAAAAGUUGCAGUAGAAAAUCUGUGAAGACUUGAAAGGGCCAAUGAGUAUUCUCAUCAUUGAGGCAUUCUAUGGAGGGUCCCAUAAACAGCUGGUGGAUCUGCUUCAAGAAGAGUUAGAAUACUGUGUUCUUUAUACCCUUCCUGCAAAGAAAUGGCACUGGAGAGCACGGACGUCGGCUUUGUACUUCUCUCAGAAUAUUCCCGCCAGUGAGCAUUACAGGAUUCUCUUCGCAAGCUCAGUGCUUAACCUGACUGAACUGGCUGCCCUUCGGCCUGACCUUGGGAAAUUGAAAAAGAUUCUGUACUUCCAUGAGAACCAAUUGGUAUAUCCUGUCAAGAAAUGUCAGGAGAGGGAUUUCCAAUAUGGAUACAACCAAAUUCUCUCAUGCCUGGUGGCUGAUGUGGUGGUAUUCAACUCGGUUUUUAAUAUGGAGUCAUUUCUUACUUCUAUUGGAAAAUUCAUGAAGCUGAUUCCUGAUCACAGACCCAAAGAUCUGGAAAGCAUCAUCAGACCCAAAUGCCAAGUUAUUUACUUUCCCAUCAGGUUUCCUGAUGUGAGCAGAUUCAUGCCCAAGCACAAAGCAGUGCAUUUACAGAAGAUACUCAGCCUUAAAGGAAAUGGCGGUGUUGCUCCAUCCAUGGCCCUUCCUUUCCAACAGGAGCAGAGAGGUUCUGAGAAUUUAUUGAAGAAUUUUGAUUCAGAGUCUGGAUCCUGUGAUGCUGCACAACAAGAAAACCUGGGUGGCUCAGUAAGGCAGGAGUCAUACUUGAAAACAUUCAGCUCAUCAGAUAAUUCAAGCACUCAUCAUGGGGAACAUAAACAAACUCCGUGUAACAUUUUGGCUGGAGCUGAUGAUCAACAAAGACCAUUGCAUAUUGUCUGGCCUCACAGGUGGGAGCAUGAUAAAGAUCCAGAGAGUUUUUUUAAGGUAUUGAUGCAUCUUAAGGACUUACGACUCAAUUUCCACGUAUCUGUCCUUGGAGAAACCUUCACAGAUGUCCCAGGUAUAUUUUCAGAGUCCAAAAAGGCAUUGGGAUCUUCUCUCUUACACUGGGGCUACUUACCCAGCAAAGAUGAGUAUUUCCAAGUACUAUGCACGGCUGAUGUUGUCAUCUCAACAGCUAAGCAUGAAUUCUUUGGAGUGGCAAUGUUGGAAGCUGUGUAUUGUGGUUGUUACCCACUCUGUCCCAAAGAUUUGGUUUAUCCCGAAAUAUUUCCAGCUGAAUAUCUGUAUUCUACACCUGAACAGCUUUCAAAAAGGCUCCAGAAUUUCUGCAAGAGACCAGAUAUUGUAAGAAAACAUCUCUAUAAGGGUGAAAUAGCUCCUUUUUCUUGGGCAGCCCUACACGGUAAAUUCAGGUCUCUGCUUACAGCAGAACCUAGGGAAGAUUUGUGACAGAUGGGGCUAAGUCACAAACUUGCAGCCUAAGGCAGAAUCUGUAGAACUUUCCAGAGUGUGCCCAUAUUUACCUGAUCAGAGAGAAAAGAAAAUCUGCAGAGGAAGCUGAGCCUGGCUGCUUGUCAUAGCUGACACAGAGCCAUCUGCCACAAACCUGUGGCAGCUUCAGAUCUCCAAUCCCUGCCACCACCCCAACUCAAAUUAAAUACAGAUUCCUAGAGACGUUAUGAUGGUUACACAUGUCCUCGGCAUCACAUGGAGGAGACUGUUCAAAAAAAAUAUGUGGCCUGUUGUAUAACCGCACUCAUGUAUCCCAUAUGUGGUGCCACAUUGAAUUUCCGGUUGAAUCCGUUUUUAUCCUUUGUACUGGAUGACAUGGUGCCUGAAUUCUUUCUUUUUGCCGACACGAUGGCAGCGAAACUACAGCUUCAAACACUCUCACUUGGCUGGGUUUCUACCUAGGUUGCCAGGUUAUCAUCGGAGCCUUCUUGUGUCCUCAAAGGGCCACAGGGUCUGAAAGGAGGCUCAGAAUGCUACCAACUAAUUGGGCAGCCAUCUCAGAAAUGUUUGUGGGCAAAGGUCUGCUGUAGCACUUUUCUUUUAGCAAAUUAAUGACUCCCUGGCACAGGGGUUUUUAAGUGAAGGUAUUAAUAAGGGGUCUGGCAGGUAUUCCCAUGAUUCACAGAGUUACAUUUGCAUUUAAUUUAUCUUAAAGAAUAGUUGCAAGAUAAACAGCUGUAAUUCAGACAAACAUGGGAAAUACACUAAGUGGGGCCAUCUCAUCCAUAAAAUGAACACUGAGAUACUUGUUUUAAUUUUUUUCCAGGGAUAAAAAUAGGGAAAUUAAAAUACUUCUAACAAAACCAGUCAUUUUGAUAUAAAUAUCCAUCAAAAGUAUUUGCAUCCAGCUACAAAUAUAAUCUUUUCAAGAUAAAUCACUUAUGAUUCCAAUAGUCAAGCUGCUCUAUUUGUUGAUGUCAAGAUGUUUUGAAUGGCUAGAUUGUAAAAUAAAUUUUUAAUAAAGUGCCCACUGCAAUUUUUAA